UAUUAUUGCUGACCUUCAAAUAUCGUACGGUCGACAACCGUUUUUAACAUUAAACAUUUAAUUCGAUUAAAUGAAAUUUUAAUCGUGACGCGGCACAAAUUAGUAACCCUCUUAUUAAAUGUUUAUUUUAAGAGAAAAAUGUGUAAACCGUUCAAUGUUUUACUGUUUGUGUUGUUUGUGGGCCGGUGCGUUUGCUUAAUUGAAGAUCAAGCUUAUUGGAGACAACUGGGCAAAGAAGAACUAUCGAAAGCCCUUAAAAAAAGGAAAAUCUCCAACCAGGCUCAAAACCUUAUCCUGUUCGUCGGUGACGGUAUGGGCCUAACCACAUCCACCGUCGCCAGGAUAUACGGCAAAGGCGAGUCCGGCCGUUUAGCCUGGGAAACGUUUGACAACCUGGGUGUCUUAAAAAUUUAUUCGGCAAACAAGUUGGUGCCGGACUCGUGUAGCACCGCCACCGCCAUGUUCACCGGCAUAAAAGCGAACCACAAAACCGCCGGCGUAGAUUCGACGGUGGCCGUGGACGAUUGCGCCGCCUCCCGUAAGAAACCCGCGCAAGUGGAGAGUUUUAUUAAUUGGGCCCAAACGGCCGGAAAAGCCACAGGUUUCGUCACCACCACCAGGGUAACACAUGCCACGCCCAGCGCCCUCUACGCGCACACGCCUAACCGAAGCUGGGAAUGCGAAGCGAAUAUACCACAGGACGCAGCUGAUUGUGACGAUAUUGCUUGGCAGCUGGUUAACAACAGCCCCGGAAGAAACAUUGAUGUUAUCAUGGGUGGUGGUAGGCAGUGCCUACAAGCCAACGUGGAAGGAUCUCCGGAGGAUCCUGUGGACACCUGGUCCUGCUACAGUAAACAACAAGGCAGAGAUCUAAUUAACGACUGGAAGACCGACAAAGAGAUCCGCCAAUCGAGUUACCAAGUGCUUCAGAAUAAUCUGGACUUGCAAAACAUGAACGAAUCGGCCGAGUUUACCUUGGGCAUAUUUGCCAACGGCCAUUUGAAGCUCGAACAUGAACGGGAUAAGGGUCCAGAAGGCAUGCCCUCGCUGGCCGACAUGACCGCAGCGGCAAUCCGAUUGCUGAGCAAAAAAAACCCUAACGGAUACGUUUUGAUGGUUGAAGGGGGCAACAUCGAUCAAACCCACCAUAGAGGCCACGCCAGGAAAGCUCUGGACGAAACGGUGGCCCUUAGUGAUGCAGUUGACGUAGCUCUCAAUAUGACUGAUGUGACUAAUACUUUAAUUAUUGUCACUAGUGAUCAUUCACACUCGAUGGUAUUCACCGGGUAUCCUGAUAGGAGUCAAGGAGUGCUUGGUGUCUCAAACUCUAAAAUGGAUAAUGUCCCGUAUACCAAUUUAUUAUAUGGUACUGGUGGGCCUAAUAAUUAUCAGUUUGUUGUUGAGGAGAAUAAAGUGAAACGGCCAGAUCCUACCGCUGAAAAUAUAACGGAUUUCGAAUAUUCACAGCAGUCUGUCGUGUUGAACGACGAAGUUACCCAUAGUGGGACCGAUGUGCUAGUUUAUGCUAGAGGUCCGAUGGCCCAUCUAUUUAAUAGCGUCCACGAGCAAAGCUAUGUGGCUUACGCCAUCAGCUACGCGAUGCAAAUUGGAAUUUUCGAGGGUUUAGAUCCAUUUGAUGACGAGGAUUCCGGAUCGUCACAUAUUUAUGGAAUGUCCCUUAGUUUUUUGAUUAUGCUCCCCUUUAUCGGGGUCUUUCGUGUAAUUUAAUGGUUCAGUCGUUCCUAUGUUAAUCUGAAUAGUAUUGUGAGCUCAUGUACUUCUAAAUUAAAGUUGCUCUUUUAAAUAAAAUUAUUUAUUAUUGAA